AUGUCCAACGGCCUGACCCCCGCCCAACUUGAAGCCUUCCACCGCGACGGCUACCUCAUCAUUCCGGAUGCUCUCUCUCCCACCACUGUCUCCUCCCUCCUCACCGAAACCCACCGGCUCCUCGACGAACUGGACCUAACCAACCACCCCCUCACCUGCUUCCGCACUGGCGGCGACGACGGCACAGACCAUGUCGGCGAUGACUACUUCCUCACCUCAGGCGACAAGAUCCGCUUCUUCCUCGAGGACGACGCCUUCGACGAAUCCGGGAAAUUGACCAAGCCCAAGCACCGUGCCGUCAACAAGAUCGGGCACUAUCUGCAUGUGCUCUCACCCCCCUUUGCUUCGCUCCUCCACUCGCCCCCUGCCCAAGACCAACAACAACUACAAAACCCAACACCCGCCUCCAUAGCCCACUCCCUCAACUUCACCGACCCCCGCGUCCUCCAAAGCAUGAUCAUCUGCAAACAGCCCGAAAUCGGCGCCGCCGUCCCACCCCACCAAGACUCAACCUUCCUGUACACCGACCCGCCCACCGCCGUCGGCUUCUGGUAUGCGCUAGAGGACGCCACGCUAGAGAACGGGUGCUUGAGUUUCCUGCCUGGGUCGCAUCUCUGGGCGCCGGUUGAGAGACGGUUGGUGAGGCGGGUUGAUGAAGGGGGGAAAGCGGUUGGGACGGUGAUGGUUGGGAAUGAGGGGGCUGUGUUUCCGGUUGGGGAGGGGUACGGGAGUAAAGGGACGAAAACUGGGGUUGAGGAGGCGUAUGUCCCGGGGGAGGUCAAGGCUGGGUCGUUGGUGUUGAUUCAUGGGAAUUUGUUGCACAAGAGUGAGCGGAACUUGAGUCAGAAGGGGAGGGUUAUUUACACAUUUCAUAUUAUCGAGGGGGGGGAGGAGUACAAGUAUGAUGAGAGAAACUGGCUACAGCCGCCGGCUGAGGGGUUUACUAAGUUGUAUGCUUAA